AAAUAUUGAGUGAAAUAUUCGAAAGUUUCUGGCUUGGCUAUGAAUAAAAAAUAUUUAGCAUUGAAGUGGUGGACCAUAAAUCGUCAACAAUAAUAUUAACUCCAAUACAGUAAUCCUGAUACAUCCACACACAAUGGCCUCGAUAGGGUCCCUAAUCUUCUGCACAGACUGUGGGAAUCUGCUGCGCGAGUCCACGGGCGAUAAGAAUGCAAUUCUGAUCUGUGAGCUUUGUGGAACCAAAAACAGAGACACUGCAUCCAAAACCAUCACGUCGGAAUCGAAACCCGAUGCUUUCCCUUCCGCACUCCGAACGAAAAGGUCCGCAGUGCAAACUCUGACGGCCGCGGACAAACGGGGAGAUGCGAUUGCCCAGGAGAGCUGCCCGGAAUGUGAUAGACCCGAGAUGAGAUACCAUACAUUGCAAUUACGUAGUGCAGACGAAGGAAGCACCGUUUUCUACUCCUGUGAAGGAUGUGGACACAAAUUCCACACAAACAACUGAACCACGGACGCCAGUAGUUCAUUCAUGAACAAACCCAAAAACAAUAUAACAAGCAAAAUAAUUUCAGGGUUGGCCACAUAAACCUUGUCUACUCGAUCUCCUCCACAACCCGAGAACCCAAUCGAGUGUUACGCCGUAGCGACAGCUUCAGGAAUUAGCGCAUAUUCCUUUUCUCCGUUCUUCUCGAAUUCUGCCAUAUCAAGUGCAACGAUAACACUAUCUCUCACCACUUGUUCAGGGUCAUCCAAGAACUUCUUUAGGGUCUCCUCCACUCCUUCCUCAUCUCCAAGACUUCCCAGUGCCUCGGCAGCCUCAUGACGCACCAUACUAGCUUCCUUCAUGUCGUGGAGCGUGGCGGUGAGACUAGGGAUGCUAGCAGGAUGAGCCAAUUGGCCAAAGACGAAUGCUAUCUCAUGCCGGAAUAGUGCCGAAGAGUCUUUAAAACCUUCUGCUAGAGCAUGUACAGCGGGGACAGCGGUCGGAAGGUCAGGCGGUGAGGCCAGAUCUCGAAGGGCGAACAUUGCUCGGUAUCUUUGGAAGAGAGGGAGUUUUGGAUCGAGAAGGGUUUUUUCUAAAUCGGGAAUGGAAGGUUCAUCGGCGGGCAUUGGUAGUGGAGGGGCAGGGUCAAUUGAGGCGAAAUCACUUUAUUUGACAGCACAAAAUACGUUAGCCGAAGGAAUAUAUUAUUAGCCAAAAAAUGCGACUUUGAAUAUACUGUUACCUUUGUUUUAGAUUCUCAGUCUUGCGUCGAUCAGACGUUUCCCAUUCAAUCCUCUCCACGGCAAUGUCACAGGUUUCCCUUACGACAUCAGGCUCGUUUUCAUCAUCUCUGAAACUCCGUAGGAUAUCCAGACUGUCUGAAUCGCACAGCGCUGCCAGGGCUUCCGCUGCUUCAUGCCGACACAUGGGAUCCUCUGCUCGAUUCUCCAACACCUCCCGGAGAUACGGAACUGCAGCUAAGUUUUUAGUUUGUCCCAGACAGUAAGCAAGCUCAUGCUUUAAAAGGGCUGA